AUGGUUCAAUUCUCCGAAGAAACCAAGGAACGCAUCACCAAGGUGAUCGACGUCUCUCGCGUCGCGAUCCACUACGGGUAUCUCCCCUUGAUCAUCUACCUCGGUGAGCUACACCUACAGCGAACCGCGACCGGCGCUUUUCAAGCUCUUCUCGCCUCUCGCAUAGACUCGAGACUCAACGACCUUGCAAACGCCUACGCAGCGUAUUUCCCGCUUCCAUCGAAUAUACAAUGGGCAAGUUUGGGCCUAUUUAAACCUAUGUCGAGAACAGGAGCCGAUCUUGUGAAUGGUCAGAGUCUUUUUUUUUUUGGAAAGGGGCCCUUACUUCUGGGGUCUGAAAAUUUCAUUUGCGUGGAGUUUAGAGAUGUGUAUGACUAG